UGAAUCCACGGACGACGAGGGUAUCCAGUUACAGAUAAAACAGACGACCCAGAGGAGCGUCUGGCUGGAUUCAUGGGGUAUUAUCAAACAACAGGCCAUGCUAGCCAACUGGACCAGACUUACGGGCCUGUCCUGAAUCAUCUCCUAGCAAGGAAGUCUGAACGUGACCGCCUGGAGAACCUUCGGGAUAUUAUUAGGGCCAUUAUUCUACUUGCCACGCCAUUCUCGGUCAAUUCCCUAGCAGCACUGAUGAAUAUGGAGCCAAAGGAAAUAGACCUGAAGCUGGAGUACCUUUAUUCAGUCAGGGACAUGCCUGUUGAUUCCAAUACUCCCGUUCGAAUGCUUCACCAGUCCUUUCGAGACUACCUCAGAGUCAUCCCCCAAGCAGCCAGAGAACAGCGACCAGGACAAUCCUUUCUUGGUUGAGGAGACGGAGGCCCACAUGAUAAUUGCUUUUCAAUGCAUUGGGCUGAUGCAUACGAAUCUUCGCGAAAAUCCAUUUCAUCUGCCUGACGAGGGCCCCAUGCCGAACAAGCAUGGCUACAGCAUCUCACUAGAGCUUCAAUGCUCCUACCCUCUUGAAUAGAGCAAGUCGCACCAAGUUCAAGCUCUGGGGCCAGAGACAGUGAUGCAUGCAGCUGGAAUGACUGUGUUGCCGGAGGCGGUGGGCGUAAUGUCAUAGCAGGUAACUGCAGCUAUAAAUAAUGGCGCAGCUAAAGGGGGCAGAAGAAACGGCACAAGAAGUUGGAACGGCGCAUUUGGGACCGGAAAUGACUAUUCAACUGGUAUUGGUAGACAUGAAGGCUUUGGUAACUCGAGUCCUAGCAUAUUAGGUGGGCAGACGUGGUUUAAUAUUCGAAUAGUGCAGUGUUAAUUAUGAG